GUAUGUACUUGUGAUUGAAUGAAUGACGAGUCUCUUUCAAAUUACCUCGCUUGUCUGUCCAUCUUGUCUCUGUCCACUAGACUUAUACGAUAUUUUAUUCACACCGCUUUUACUUUUUUUCCUAUAAAUCAAAAUCGACACUUGUCAAGCUCCCUUCAAACAGAUUCAAACAAUUUGUAUCAGCCACAACGCGGACGCGACUAAGACGCGUUUCCUGGCCUUCAACUUAUUCUUCCUUACCCCGCCGUCAAUAAUGGGCAACUCGCAGUCCAAUAACGCUCGAAAAAGCCGGGUUAAUUCAGCUCUCAGGCUCCAGCCAAAAGAACAAUUAAAAGCGACCAGCCACACUAGUCAAAAUCUUCCUUUCCUGCAAAUUGAUCCGAAUCCGAACCUUGUACGGGCUCAAGCCGUUCGCCGUCGACAUUCAAGUUUAGCAACUCCGUCUUCGAGUACUACGAGGCCUCUUCGACAUCAACGCUCAACGUCUGCGAUCCUCUUCUCUCGCUUAGGCAAGUUCGGAUGCAAUUCUGCAACCGUCUCUGUUCUAAGCAGAGAAUCCGAAUCCGAUUCACCCGACUUGUUCGAUGUCCCUCACGUUGAAAAUGAUAAGGCCCGAGCCAUGUAUCUUUCACAGUAUAGCGAUGAACCUCCUACAAGCCCUAGUACGACUACGUUCAGCAAAAACAGCCAACUUACUCCACCGCCGCUGCUUCCGUGUUCACCGCCUUUCCAUCUCGCUUAUUAUACUCCUACAAAUGCGGAUGGUCGCCAAAUCCCAGGCGACUCAGCAGUAGAGGCAGCCUAUGAUGUGUUCCUGAAGCAAUUUCCUCAGUAUCGCCUCACAUGGAUUCUUGACACCCUUCGACGCACAGACUACACACGCCUCUCGCGAAACUCAUCCCAACACGAAGUAGAGACCUACGUCGACUACAUGGGUGGCUCGCUCUAUCCAGAAUCCCUCAUCAGGGUCCACACCGAAUUUCUGGCUAACAACGUACUAGGUAAUACACAUUCAAUCAGCGCGAGUUCUCAGCUUUCGCUAAAACAUGCUGAAGAAGCGAGGAGAGCCGUGCUCGAAUUUUUUGAUGCUUCGCCUAACUCUGAUUUGGACAACGAUUCGGAUGAGUACACAGUGAUAUUUACGCCGAACGCGUCAGGGGCACUCAAGCUCGUCGGGGAAGCUUACCAAUUCUCAAAAAACAGCACUUUUAUCCUCAGCACUGACUCGCACAACAGCGUGAACGGUAUCCGCGAAUUUGCCAGGCGAGGAGGAGCCAACGUAGUAUACGUUCCUGCUGGGGGACAAAAAGGCAAGGAAGGAGCGUUCGAUCUAAAGGAGGGUAGGAGGAUAUUACGAAGAAAUAAACCACCACAAGGCACAUCCAGUUUGCUCGCAUUGACAGGGUUGUCAAAUAUAACCAACGCCAAAUGUCCAGCAUUGUAUUCCCCUUCAACUUCUUCAUCGUCUUCCGCAGAAGAUGGAUCGAUUGUGACAUACGCAAGGAGUCUCGGAUAUCACACCCUCCUCGACGCAGCAGCAUUAGCGCCGACCUCGCGAAUAUCACUUGCACAUUUACCUGUCGAUGCCCUCGCAGUGUCAUUUUACAAAAUGUUUGGAUUCCCUACGGGUGUCGGAGCGCUUGUUAUACGGAAGGGCUUUCUUCGUCAACUCAAGCGAGGUAGGCCAUGGUUCGCUGGAGGUACCGUGGAUGUUGUGCAGGUUCCUGGUAAAGUCCGUACCAUGAAAGGUGUGGGAGAGGAAUUCGAAGGGUUUGAGGACGGAACGAUCAAUUACCUUCUCCUCCCUGCUAUAACGUCCGGACUACACCUGCUAUCCGCUUACCUCCCGUUUCUUCCUCUCCGCCUUAACUGUCUUUUGCGUUAUCUCGUUACAGAACUCGGUAGAAUACAACAUCGAGAUCGAGAAGGGCGGCUGAUAAAUAAAUUCCGAGAAGGGGAGACGGAAGGUGAAGUAUGCAAAGUACUUUCACGAGUACCAAAAAAAGUGUUGAAGACUGUGGGAGAAACUGAUGAAGAGGCAGGCGCAGUGAUUUCCUGCAUUUUCUUGGAUGAAGCGGGUGAAACUCUCCCUCUUGCAUUUAUCGCACAUUCCGCUGCCCAUGAGGGCAUUUCCCUUCGAACCGGGUGCAUGUGUAACCCCGGCGGAGCUGCUGCCCUUCUGGGAAUCCAGGAGAGCAUGAAAGACGUGGAAGAGGGCGGAAUGAUGCGGGACGGAAUGACACUGCGGGAAUUCGAGGAAGAAGUCGAACGUGAACGCAAGCGGAGGGGAAUGCUUCAUUCUGCGAAUGUCAGUCAACGGGUCUCAGAAGAGCAAAGAGGAAGGACGGAGCUCGGCUUAGUCCGGAUCAGUCUUGGACUUGGUUCCGAUUGGAGCGAUAUCUGGCGAAUAUUGCAGUGGGCGAAACGAAUAGGUGAUUCGGUCGAGCGAAAGGAGAUGUGGCAGAGAUGGUUGGGACAGCAGGCAGAGCCAGUAGAUGAAUGGGAGGAAGUGGAAGGAGGCGCGAUUCGACGGAGAGGUGUGAUUUCGUGUGUUCCAUGCAAGGGCAACGAAGAAGAUGCGACAUGUGUGCAGCGUAUCUCAUUGGUAGAAGCAUGGGAUACAACCAUUGGCAGGGCUAUCUGAUCGACUUUUCUGCUUUAUUAUUCUUAUUACCUAUUCGAGGGGACAUUAUGUAUAUCAUUUCUAUACGAUGGAUGUAUUUCAGGAGUGCGAAAGCAACUUUUUCUACUUAUA